AUGGACACUAAAAAAGUUUUCGAGAGGAGAAAAUUUACAUUGAAGAAGAAAGCCAAUGAGCUUACUGAUUUGUGCAACUCAGAGGUUUGCUUGGUAUGUUGUGAUCCCAAUGGUAACGUGGAAGUGUGGCCAGAGGAUCCAGCAAAGGCUCAUUCCAUUAUCACAAAGUACUAUUCUAGACUGGAGUCUUGCAAUGAUAAGAAGAGAAAGGCUAGUGAAGUCAAUCUAUCUCAUGUGUUGGAGAAGAAGAUGAAGAAACUUGAAGAGCAAGUAACUGAUCAAUCCGAAAAUACCGCCGAUAGCGUCAAUGGGGUUUCAUUGUCCUUGAUUUGGGAUGAAAAACUGACCAUUUUAUCCGAAAAUUCUUUGUUGGGUUUGGCACAGAUCUUGGAGGUUAAGAUUCAGGCAUUGGAUGAGAUGCUUGACAUAGUCAAGGGGAAAGAGCAACUGCUUUUGCAAACCCAACUCCAGAAUGAUCAGUUUCAAGUUGAAGAAGAGCAUUAUCAUACUCUUCCACCACUGCCGCCUCAGAAAUGUGUACCACUCUUGUCUGAAGAUCCUUAUAAUGCCAUGGAGUUGUUAAGUACUGAAAACCAGUUACUAGUUUCUGACAACCAAAGUCAGUUUGAUGGUCAGAGUCAAGAGUUUUAUUAUGAUCAAGAAUAUCAUAAUCUAAAACCUUUUGACCAGUUUUAUGGAAUCAACAAUAGCUUGAAAGAUUCUUAUAUGGCUAAAAACCAAAGUCAGUUUAAUUGUCAAAUUCAAGAGUUCCAUGAUCAAGAAUAUCAUGCUUCACCUCCCUUUGAACAACUUUAUGGAAUCAAUGAUGACUCGGGACAUUCUUCCUUGGAUGAAUACAUAGGUUGUUUUGAUGGUCAAACUCAAGAGCUUUAUGAUCAAGAACAUCAUGUUUUACAACAUCCUUCUGAUCAAUUUUAUAGAAUCAGUAAUGACUCAGAAUAUUCUUCUAUCGUUUAUUCAGAUAAUGCACAUCAACAGUUUAUUAAUAAUAAUGAGGGAAGAAUUGACCCAGCAAUGUUGCAUUCCCUUGCUGCUACUGGAUAUUAUACACUAGAUGAUCGGUUUCAUAGUCAUAUGUUCAUAGAACCUACAGAAGCUUUGGAAAUCAACUUUCCCCAAUCUGUCGAUGACUUUGAAGAUAUCACAUUUUUGUAUUAA